AAAGUUUAGUUUUAUGGGUUGGGUGAAAUUCCGUUCGUGUAGGUGGCAGAUCCGAGCGAUUACCGACUUAUUGAAUGUAGGCGGUGAAAUUGGAUGAACCAAAUAACAAGGAACACUGAAACACGCGAGAACGUAGAGAAGGGAGGAAAACGAAUCGGAUACUUCAGCUUUGCAGGUUCCGUUUAGAUCUCUGUUCGUCUUCUAGUCAUUGGGAUCACCUUGUGACAGUUCUUACACAGGAAUUCCAUGCAAUCGGUUCUGUCAUUUUCUCUAGUUCUGGCGCUUCUAUGUUCUCUUUCUAUCUCUUCAGCCUAUAGGAAGGAGCUGCGAAAUAAGGAGGUGAACCAGGAAGAUGUGAAAGUGGUCCAUACAGCUCAAUCCACAAGAGUUGACCCAUCGCGGGUUAUCCAAAUCUCUUGGCGACCAAGGGUCUUCUUGUAUAAAGGUUUUCUAUCUGACGAGGAGUGUGAGCACCUUGUUUCGUUGGCACGUGGAAAGCUAGAAAAGUUUGCUUUAAAUGAAAGUGACUCAGAGAGUUCUGUUACAAAAUCUCAACUUUCAAGUUCUGCAACUCCCUUGGAAACAGACCAAGAUGAUGUAGUUGCAAGGAUUGAGAACAGAAUUUCCACUUGGACCUUUCUUCCCAAAGUAAGCAGCACUCCUCUGCAUGUUUUGCAUUAUGGGAUAGAAGAGACAAAGAAGCAUCUUGAUUAUUAUGGUGAUGAAGGCAGGAGUCAGCCUUUGAUGGCAACAGUGGUCUUGUAUCUGUCGAAUGUCACUCAAGGUGGUGAGAUUUUCUUCCCCAAAUUAAAGCUCAAGAACACUUAUCUGAAUGAUGGCUCAUGGUCUGACUGUGCAAAACAUACUUUUGCCCUCAAACCUAUUAAAGGAAAUGCACUACUAUUCUUUAAUGCCCAUCCCAAUACGAUCCCUGACGAGAGCAGCUCGUAUUCUAGAUGUCCUGUCCUUGAUGGGGAAAAGUGGUGUGCCAUGAAAUUCUUCUACAUCAGAGCUAUUAGUGGGGAGAAGGUUCUGUCUGAAUUAGGCAACAGCGAGUGCACGGAUGAAGAAGAAAGUUGUCCGAGGUGGGCUGCUCUGGGAGAGUGCCAGAGGAAUCCUGUAUACAUGAUUGGUACUCCUGACUACUACGGUUCUUGUAGGAAAAGUUGUAAUGCAUGCAGAUGAUUUUGGGUUUCGACAUUUUGAUUAGCCUUUUGGGUUCUGGCAAGGGAAAGGAAAAGAAAUUUUCUUUGUUGAACAAAAUAGAACAAUCAUCUGAAAAAAAUUGAUUUCUGUAAUGUGCCAAGCUUCUUAACAGCUUAAGAAGGCUGGUGUUGAUGCUGAAUCUUGACUGAUAGAAUUACAAAGUUAAAUUGAUGAGAUUUUUAAGGGGUCAUUGAUUGGUUUAAUGGUAAAAUCUCGGGUUGAAUU